UUCGACCAUUCCAACCCCCCUCUCUCUCUCUCUCUCUACCCUCGCCGUUGAUUCGCCGAAACCCUAGCUCCACCUCGCCGGAGAUACCGAUCCGCCGAUGACCGUGCGAUUAGCGAGAGCUGAGGAUUGAGCGGGGGGGCGGGCGGCGGCGGCUUGGCCUGGCUUUGGAUUCGUUCGCCGGAUGGAGGGAGUUGUCAGGUCUGCAUAUGUUCGGCUCGGCCUCAGGGGCAUUACGGGACCUUUGCAGUCGCGCUCGUUCCAGCAUGAUUUUGUCCCCAGGGAUCCCAAUGCCAAGCCUAAGAGGUAUAAAUACCCGGCUUUUUAUGAUCCGUACGGCCCUAGACCUCCGCCCUCGGAUAAAAUCAUGCAGCUUGCCGAGCGCAUUGCUGGAAUGACGCCCGAAGAGCGUGCCCAAAUUGGGCCUGCUCUUCAGGAGAGACUAAGGCAUCCCAAGAUGCAGACGAUCUCUACCGAAGGCAUGGACGUAGGCCCGCAUGGAGGAGCGGGCGCAGGAUCCGCCAAGGCCGAGGAGAAAAAGGCGGAGAAAACAGCAUUCGAUGUGAAGCUGGAGAAAUUCGAUACGGCCGCAAAGAUUAAAGUGAUUAAAGAAGUCAGGGCAUUCACCAAUUUGGGGUUGAAGGAGGCUAAGGACCUUGUCGAGAAGGCCCCUGUUUUGCUUAAACAGGGUGUCACCAAGGAAGAGGCAAAUGACAUAAUGGAGAAGAUAAAGGCUGCUGGAGGAGUUGCGGUGAUGGAAUGAGAGCUCCAACACGGAACCACUGUCGAGAGCUAUAUUAUGGGUAAAGUAACUCACAUGAACGACUUUAUGAUUUUUGGACCUUUUGUUGAGAUGGUUCUUGACAAAUUACAGCCAUCUGGUGGAGUUGAGAAUUGCGGGAUGGCAUUCGAGUUACAUUCAUCUGAAUACUUAGCUGGAACUUGCUAUACAGAUGGAGUAAUUCGCUUGAGUUUUGGUUUGAACAUGUUGUAAAAGUCUUGAUGAAUUGUUUUAAGUUUCUUGCUAAAUGAGCAAAAAGGUGGGUUGCUGGUGUCGUAAUAAAGAACUGUUGCUCCUGGGGCUUGAUUGGAACCAACACAUUCUACAGUCAUGGAUGUCUACGAGGUAUACAUUUUCUUGCACUGAUAAUGAUGCUGGAAUUGUGUAAACAAUCUUUGUCGGAUUGAUGAGAUCAAAUGCACUUCUUUUUCCU